UGACCUCAUUUCAUAGUAAUAUUUUACCAUUUGCCAAUCAGAUUCCCAUCUGAACAAGUUGUUCAUGUCUUCUUGUAGUAGUUUUGAGUCUGCAUCAUUUUGGAUCCUUCUGUACAGUACGCAGUCAUCUGCAAAUAAACGAACUGUUGAUGAAUGUACGUAGUCCGGUAGGUCGUUGAUAAACAGUAGGAACAUGAGUGGCACAAGCACACUACCCUGUGGUACUCCUGAUUGGACAGGGGACCGCGCAGUGUGAGAUGUGUUACCAUCCACAACGACUCUUAUAUAUGAUUUCUGGAGCUUACAAAAUCCCUUAUCCACUGGAGUGUUGGCCCGCUGAUACCAUAGUACUCCUCUUUAUAGAGUAGUCUCUCAUGAGGGACUUAAUCGAAUGCUUUCGAAAAAUUAAGCAAAAUAAGGUCAAUUUUUCAAUUAUUUCAGCUUUUUUAGUGCACUCUUGUUUAGUUUUCAAUUUGUCUGACAUUCAAUAUUUCAAAAAUUACUAUUUAUUUUAUCCAACGUCAUUUCAAAUUACACAGAAGAAUGUACAAUAAAAGUCCGUUUAGAAAAAAAGCUACUGAGACAACUAAUAACUGAUGAACGCAGAACAAUACUAAAUAAAACCAAAGAAUGCCCGCACUUAUUGAAUUCAGAAACCAGCUUUCUUAACCUUUGUUGACUUUGCUUUUUCAUCUGAGAACAUUGAAAAAUACUCAUUCUAAUAUUCCUUUAAAAAAUAAGGAUAGUUACUUUAUAUUUUAAAAAUUUUGGUAGAAGAGGCAAUGUUAAGAGUAUCUAUCUCAAUGAUAGAAAUUGACAAUGAAGGUCGGUUUAGAACUAAAUAUUUAGAUUAAAGAAGUGAUUUCAAUGAUUAUGCACUCUCCAUUUCUGUGCAGCAUCAUUCAAGCAGAGCCUGCAUUUGGAGUGUAUAUUUCUCAGUUGAUACGCUAUUACUGGGCUUGUGUUUCGUAUCCCCACUUCAUUGAAAGAGGAAACUAUUGCACCAAGACUUCCAAAUGAUAAGUUGAAGUCAUCCCUUCGUUAGAUUUACGGACGAAAUCGUGAGUUGGUUGACCGUUAUGGAAUAUCUGUGUCACAGAUGACCACGGGUAUGUCCCACUUGUUUUACCCACAAUCCCUUCCUCUUUUCCUCGAGUGGAACAGGAACCGCAAACUUUUCUGUAACACCUGAGAUCACCCUCGGGGUUUUGGUCGAAUCUUAAGUUUUUGUGUAAUGUAUUGUUAUUUUUGGUUUGUCUUUUCUUCGAUUUUCUUUUGGGGCAUGGCAAUGUCUAUUUUUAUUGGAAAUAUAUUAUUUUUUUUUCAUUGUCGGAGCCUUUUAUGGCUUAUACACGGUAUAGAUUUCGCUCAUUGUUGAAGUCCAUAUGUAUGAACUGGAGUUGUUUACAUCCUGGUAAUUUGGUCUUUGUUGGAUAUAGAACUUUGUCCCAGUCAUUAGCAAUCAAAUCACAUCUCCUUAUUUCUAUAUUUAAAGCGUAUGUGAUUACAUUUUAUACCGGAUUUUAGAAUUUUAUAUAAAAAGCAUAAUUUGUUACCAUAUCUGAUAUUUACGGACAAGUUUUAUUUCUUCCGUAACAAGUUGUUUUAUUAUUUCGGGCGCCGCAGUAUUUAUCUUGAGUUGUAUCAGUUUCAUCUGAAUUCUUUAACGCCAUCCAGUAACAAUAGUGACGGUGAGACUAGAAUGAUAUAAAGGGAGGGGGGAGUAAUUAUUUUUGCACAAAUGAAAAACCAUUUAUAAGUAAAUACUAAUGUGAAUUAUACAGUAUCGUACAACGCAUGCUGAUUUUAUCAAAAUUUUCGACUGAAGCAUAGUCUUGCCCCGAACACAUACAUACACUCACACAACCUAGAAAUGGAGGGGGUCAUCCCAAAUCAGCCAAGCCAUCCCUUGUUCCGCUUGUAUGUCUCAUUCUAAUCUAGUAAAAUGUAUUAAGAAUAAUAUUUAAUAAAAUAAUAUGUUAUCUUUCAUGAUUUAUCUACUGAUAGGGGUUAAUCUAUUUCUCGUUAUCAGGUUGAAAUUUGUCCGAAUAUCACAAAUAAGUUAGUUUGUUGAAAUAUAUAUUAUCAAUUGAAUGGAUAUUUGAUGUAAUAGAGAUGACAUGUCGAAUCAUUCUUAUCUGUAAGCAAACUAUAAACAAUUUUAUGGUAUUUUAGUCAAACAUUAUAAUGCUUUAAAGUUUUAAGGUUGGUGUUUUUUAAGUAAAGAAUAAGAAAAAAACAAACUUAUCUGGUAAUGUCUUUGCGCGAAUAUGUACAGUUGUUCGUGUGUGUUUACAUGUAACACAAGCUAGCUGGAAGAAAUGAAGAUACACUAUUGUUUCAAAUAAUCUCAGUUGUACCUUACGUGUAGACAGUUUCUGUUCUAUAUGCAUACACAUUCUGCAGAAUUGUGGGAAAACGCGACUCACAACUGCUCCAUGUAUUGUUAAUCAGUUAAUAUACAAACUUUAACAACUUCAAUGUUUUGUAGUGUUAGCAUUGUUCGAUAGAGGAGUAAAAAGUCUGUCUUUUGGAAAUAAGUAUCGGGAUGAUUCCAGCAUCCCAAUAGACAAUGCAGUAGUUACCAUAACAUCGGACAUCGCCAUUAACAUUUUAUCACAAAGUGAAGAAUGUUAUAAGUGCUUCCUACUUCCAUUAGCUACAAAUGUAAUGAAUAAAACUGUGUUAGUUGACACAAGGUGGAAAACAAGACUGGAGAUAACAACAGAUGAUGUCAGUAUUAAGUCUAACUGCAGUGAAAAAGAUUUGUCAAUGCAUUUUAAAGAACACGGGAUAUAUGCAAUAAAUGUAACUGCAGAUGCUAAACUUAACUGUUCUGUUCAACUAAGAACGUCACCAAAGAGUUCAUUCAUUGCACUGUAUGCAGCGGCUGGUAUUUUCUUUGCUGUAGCUUUAAUAUGGUGUUUGUUCUCAAAGUACUAUUGGGUUAAACUAUGUCGAAAGAUCAACUCAAAUGACGGUGAAUAUGAACCCCUUAUUGAUCAGGUCACGAUAAGCCAUGACGGUUCACUGAAACAUAGUGGUUUGAUAUCAUCAGUUAGUCUUACAUCAUCAACAGAAAUACACGUAUCAGGUAAACAUGAUGCAACACAGAAUCUUCAAGGUGUCCGUGGAUCCCCAGAUGCUAAAUCAAAGAAAGAGAGGCUAAAAUCAUUGGAUACAUUUAGAGGAAUAAGCAUAGUAAUAAUGGUAUUCGUGAAUUAUGGCGGUGGAGGAUAUUGGUUUUUCAGUCAUUCAAAAUGGAACGGAUUGACCGUUGCCGAUUUAGUUUUUCCAUGGUUCGUCUUUAUUAUGGGUACAUCUAUGAUUUAUUCCUUCACGAGUCUUUUGAAGAACGAAACACCAAAGCACAAAAUUUUCUGGAAGAUAUUAAGACGAUCAUGUAUACUCUUUAUACUUGGACUUGUUAUUAACACAAAUGGGAGUUCGUCUGUAUACAUGACAGAAUUAAGAAUACCCGGAGUUCUACAGAGAUUUGCUAUGACUUAUCUCAUUACAGCCACAGUACACAUGUGUGUUGCUAAACUCCCGGAUACGAUGACAGAGACAAGAUUUAAAGAUAUUACUGACUACUGGUCGGAAUGGAUUAUUAUUUCUUUGUUUAUAUUAGUACAUACAUGCCUGACUUUUCUGCUGCCUGUUCGCGGUUGCGAAAAAGGUUACCUUGGGCCAGGAGGACUAGAAAACUAUGGGAAGCAUCAUAAUUGUACCGGAGGAGCUGCGGGUUAUAUAGACAGACAAGUUUUCGGAGAAAAGCAUAUUUUCGGAUCUCCUACGUGUAAGGAAAUUUAUCACAACGACUUGCCACAUGAACCGGAAGGAUUACUUGGAACUUUAACCUCUUGUGUUCUAUGUUUUCUCGGACUACAAGCAGGCAAAAUUCUUUGUACAUACAAAAGCAGAUCAGCCAGAGUAGUGCGAUUCUGUCUGUGGGGAAUUGUUUUGUGCCUGUUAGCAGGAAUUUUAUGUAAAUUUAGUAAAAACGAAGGAUGGAUUCCCGUCAACAAAAACUUAUGGUCUUUAUCGUUUGUGUUCUGCCUUGGUGGUUUUGCAUUUUUUCUGUUGUGUUUUUGCUAUUUGAUGAUAGAUGAAUGGAAGAUAUGGAAUGGAGCACCAUUUUAUUACCCAGGUAUGAAUGCCAUAUUGGUAUAUAUGGGACACGAACUUUUGCAUAAGAAUUUUCCAGUUAGCUGGCACGUCCCAGAAACACAUGCGAGUCAUCUUGCAAUAGAUCUCUAUGGUGCAAGUUUAUGGGUCAUUGUAGCUACAUAUUUAUACUAUAAAAAAUCAUUUUAUGUAAUAUAAUGAUUAUUAGAUUUAUUUUAUAUUCAAAACUGCAAAAAACAUGUUCCAUGAAUACUUUAUUAAA